UAUCAUUCCACAACCAUGAAUCCUCUGAAAAUCGUUCUUGUAUUUGGCUUCAUUGCUGCUGCUUUGGGAGGCGGUGUUGAAAAGAAGCAGGAAAAGGACAAAAGGGGCGUAUUCGGUGAGAGUGUCGGUUAUGGAGCGGGAUUCGGCUCCGGCUUAGGACACGGCUCCUUGAGCCUUGGAUCCGGCCAUGGUUAUGGAUCGUUCUCAUCUCUCGGCGGUGGACACGGCUAUAGUUCCGGACUUAGUCUUGGAAGCGGACUCGGCCACGGAUCCGUCGGAUACGGCUCUGGUGUAGGUCUCGGACACGGUUCUUACGGUUUGAGCCUCGGAUCUGGUCACGGAUACGGUUCCGGACUCAGCCUCGGCAGCUCUUACGGAGGCGGUUACGGAGGCGGAUACGGAGGCGGAUACGGAGGCGGAUACGGAGGCGGAUACGGAGGCGGAUAUGGAGGCGGAUAUGGAGGCGGAUACAGCGGUGGAUAUGGCGGAGCUCUCGUCGGUGGAUACGGAGGUGGAUAUGGAGGUGGACACCUUGUCUCCAAGCACGUGACUGUUACCAACAAAGUCGCUGUGCCCGUUCCCCAGCCCUACCCAGUAACAGUAGAGAAGCACGUACCGGUCCCAGUGCCCCACCCUGUUAAAGUGCCCGUCGACAAGCCUUACCCUGUUCAUGUACCUCACCCAGUCCCUGUGCCCGUCGAGAAACCCUACCCAGUUCCCGUCGACAAGCCUUACCCCGUUCCCGUACCUCACCCUGUUCCAGUUAAAGUAGUCAAGCCUUACCCCGUACCCGUACCGAAACCCGUCCCUUACACAGUAGUAAAGAACGUCCCAGUCGCCGUUCCCCACCCAGUCCCUGUCCAUAAGGCCGUCCCCGUAUACGUCGGCCAUGGAGUCUCUGGAGGAUCCUUCGGCGGUAGCCUCGGUGGAUACGGAGGUGGCCUCUCUCUCGGACACGGAGGAUACUCAUCCGGUCUUUCUGGAGUUUCUUACGGAGGAGGCCUUUCUUCCUACGGUGGCUCUCACGGUCUCUCCUUGUCCAGCGGAUCUUACGGUGGUAGCCUUUCCUCGUUGGGAGGACACGGACUCUCUUCCUACGGAUCCCACGGGGGAUUGAGCUCUUACGGAAGUGGUCUCUCUUCGUCUUACGGCGGCGUGCACGGAGGAUUGAGCUCAUACGGAGGUGGUCUCUCUUCAUCUUACGGCGGCUCUCAUGGAGGAUAUUCAUCUUACGGAAACGGUGCCUCUUACGGAGGAUCUCACCCCUGGUGAAUAAAAAGUCAAGGUUGAUGUUUGUUAAUGGUCUCAACACUUGGUUCACAUCUGAUUUAUACAUUAUUUGUUGUAAAUAAUCCUUGUGAUAUUUCAUUUUUUUAAUAAAUGUUUUUGUUACUCUUUUAA